AGUCCAUCAGUCAGUGCAUCAGGAGAGAUUACCAAGAACGUUCGACGCGCGAUCCUUCCAUUUCUCAACCGUCAACAGAAAGUGCCCAUCAGCCUACAAAGAGAGAUGUAUGUUUUCGGACUGCUCAUAUCGCUCUUGAUAGCGAUUUGUACCAUCGGGAGUACAACCGUACGUGGUUGGCCCGUUACUAACCCGGAAGUAGUGGACAGUCUUAUCUUUGCCGAUCCGGAAGAGGCAGCACAAUCGAUGCGGGAAAUACCUCAAUGGCACUGCUUGCGGUACUUCAAGCAUGACAUUCACCUUAUGCGACGCUGCCGCAACUAUCGGAUGCACAUGCUACGUCGUCCCAACGAUAUGAUGUAAAGACACAACGACCCGAGGGGGGCCAUUUGCUAGGAAGGAGCGGUACAGCAACAGGCCAAAUUCGUAUAUUACUCUUCAACUGUCAACGUCACGUGUUUCCUCAUCUUCCUCUACCCCUGUCCUCUCUCGCGAAUGAGAUGGUUCGAAUGUAGAGUACAAAAUGGAACCGAGUUAAGUAAGGAGCUGGUAAGCUCGCUAUUACUCUUUAACUAUGAAUAUAAGUUUGAUCUCGUUGUCCGACUCGGUGGCAGAUAACGUAGAAAAGCGAAUGGUUAUUUUGUGUGGACUAAAACCAAAUGAAUCCACAAUCAUUCUAUGUGCGCUAGACAGUGAGGCAUCAUUUCAUUUGUUAUCCGGUGUGGUUUCCUUUUUAUGUUCAUAUUUUAUGUAGAUCAAUGAGUUCUGUAUGAGGUGCUAAGUAGCAGAGUAUAACGUAAACGUAUCGUAAUCGAAUUGAGCCAGAAAACUAAAACCUAUCAUAUGCCAGCGUCUGAUGACUUAUCGUUUGUUGUUGGUCGAACACAUAAGGGGCGGAGGGAGGUGAUGAAUGUAGCCUAGUAAUCAGCCACAGUAAUAAUAAAUUCGAAUCAAACGUGUAGCACACAGAGA